AUGGACGGAAAAAUCGAUGUUAACAUUACUUUUGACGACAACAACCAAAUCAGAGUGCUCUCAGCGGACAAGUACAGAGAGACCGAAAAUCUUAAGGGAGAGUGCAUUGACUUCUUAAAGAAGAUUAUGAAUUUCAAUGAUAUGGUUUCAACUUUGAUCGAUCUGUUGGAUGCUCAGGCUUAGAAAAUUGAAGACGCAAAGUUAAAGGCUGUAGGUGCAAGAAACAAAAUUGAAGGCGAAGAGGAUAACCGUAGAAAGAGAGAGUUAACUUAUCAAUAUGAUAGUCUAUAAAAGGUUGCUAAUGAACAAAAAUUAACAAUUGAAAAGCUCAGCAACAACGAAUCAUGA